CCUCCCUCAGAACAGCAGCAGCAGUAGGCCAAUGCCAGGCCUGCUCCUCCUCGCCGUCUGCGGCUGCUGCUGAAGGGAAGGGAAGGGAGGGAGGCCUCCUUCUUCCGAGGCGGGAGCGGAAGGCCCGGCGGAGGAGAGAGCCAGCAGCAUGUAAACAAUACCGGCAUGCGGCGGGGCCAGAGUCCGGCGAGGGGCAGAGAAGAAAAAGGGGCGCAGAGAGGAGCAGGAGCACCCCUCCUCGGUUUAACCCCUGUCCCUCCCUUCCUUCCCUGAGGAAGAAGAAGGAGGAAGAGGAGGGAGCCAUCCGUAGAGCCAGGCGCCAAAGAGAGAGGAGGGAGGGAGGCAGGCAGGCAGGCAGGAUGGAGUUCCAGCAGCUGGCGGACCUGGCGGACAAAUGGUGCUCCAGCAACCCCUUCGAGCUCAUCGCCACCGAGGAGGACGAGAGGAGGAUGGACUUCUAUGCCGACCCUGGGGUCUCCUUCUACGUCCUCUGCCCCGAAAAUGGAUGCGGGGACAAUUUUCACGUUUGGAGUGAAAGCGAGGACUGCUUGCCCUUCCUGCAGUUGGCUCAGGACUACAUCUCUUCCUGUGGUAAAAAGACACUCCAUGAAAUACUGGAAAAAGUCCUCAAAUCAUUCAGACCUUUACUGGGGCUUCCAGAUGUAGAUGAUGAUGCGUUUGAAGAAUAUAAUGCAGACGUGGAAGAAGAGGAGGCAGAAGCCGAUCACCAGCAAAUGGGUGUCAGUCAGCAGUAAUAUUGAGAGGAAUUUAAAAAAUAUAUUUUAUCCUACCAGGUGGGAUCUUAUGCGCUUCUGCAUUAGCAUUUUUGAAAUUAGCACAUCACACUGGAAGAACCUGACUCCCGAACCCAAAGUUUAAAAAACAGAAAAGAGAGAAGAAAAUCAUCAAUAUUUUUAAGUCUGUGAUGAGCUUUGCUAAGAAGUGGCCUGAAUUUAACUCCUGCUUCAGUGAGGUUUCUAUGGCGUUUUCUCAGUAGCAUUCUGCCAUUGUUAUCUUAGAAAUAGGGUAUUUUUUUUCCCUUGCUGAUUGUCUCUUUUGUUGUUAUUAUUUUUAUUAUUUUUUUGUUAUUUGCAUAGAAAAAUUAACAUUUCACUGACCUGAAUGUGAUUUGAAUGUAGGAACUAUUUGAUUGAUGUGUUAAGUACUUGCGUGACCUUAAUGAGGACCAUCCAUGCAGAGAAUAAAUGCAAUCUGCACUUUCA